AUGACUGCCGCUCAGACUUCCACAGCUGGCACGAGCGGAGGCAAUGAUCAGCCCAAGCGUGGAGCUGCGAACAAUGCGGGCAGAAACGACAAUAAGAAGAGAAAGGAGAUUUUCAAGGGAGAUAUUGAAGAGAUGGGUGGUGCGGUGCUCCAGUUCCCAGACGAAAGGAAUCGACGAUCCGCCGCCCAAUAUGAACGAUUUUACAUGGCGUUGAAGGACUAUAUUGGCCGAGAGGUUUCUGUGGGUGCUGCCAAGUUAUGGGCCAAGACCUACGUGAAGGAGAUGGACCCAUCAUGGGAACCUCCAGUCCCCAUCAAACCUACAACCAACAAGAAUGAUGUGAAGGCUUUGCAACUCUAUGAGUCUGAAAAAGCAGCCUACGUCAAACACAUUGGAGCUACUUGGCCCGCUGCCAAGCUGGAGAUCUGGAGCACCAUCAUGGCCCAGUGCUCUCCCAAACUACGUGCCCACCUACAGCAGUUGCCUUUCUACGACAAGGCCGAAAGCACCCACGAUUGCAUCGCGCUCAUCUGA